AUGCGCUCAAGAACAGGCAGUGGAGAGAGGCUGUUGAGCCGUCGUCUUUUCAGAGGGGUGGAAACGGCUGCUGCACCUCCAAUCCAGGGUCCCUUUUCCUUUGAGGAGGUGUCCGUCCCUUUCACGGAGGCAGAGUGGGCCCUGCUGGAUCCGGACCAAAGAGCUCUGUACAGGGAAGUCAUGCUGGAGAACUAUGGGAAUUUGGCCUCUCUGGGAUACCUUAUAGAUAAAUGGCAUGGGAUGGAGAAAAGAUUCAGUCAGAGUAGCACUCUUCACCAACAUCAGAGAACCCACACAGGGGAGAAACGUUUUGUAUGCUUAGCAUGUGGAAAGACAUUCAGCAACAAGAGCAGUCUUAAACAGCAUCAGAGAACCCACACAGGAGAGAAACGUUUUGAAUGCUCAGAGUGUGGAAAGAGAUUUAAUCACAGUGGCAACCUUCUACUGCAUCAGAGGACCCACACAGGGGAGAAACCUUUUGAAUGCUCAGAGUGUGGAAAGAGAUUCACUAACAGUAGCACUCUUCAAAAGCAUCAGAGAACUCACACAGGGGAGAAACCUUUUGAAUGCACAGUGUGUGGAAAGAGAUUCAGUCAGAGUGACAGUCUUCAACAGCAUCAGAGAACCCACACAGCGGAGAAACCUUUUGAAUGCUCAGAGUGUGGAAAGAGAUUCAGUCAGAGUGGCCAUCUUCAAAACCACCAAAGAACCCACACAGGAGAGAAACCUUUUGAAUGCUCACAGUGUGGAAAGAGAUUUAAUCACAGUGGCAACCUUCAACUGCAUCAGAGGACCCACACAGGGGAGAAACCUUUUGAAUGCUCAGAGUGUGGAAAGAGAUUCAGUCAGAGUGGCCAUCUUCAAAAGCAUCAGAGAACUCACACAGGGGAGAAACCUUUUGAAUGCACAGAGUGUGGAAAGAGAUUCACUAAAAGUGACAAUCUUCAACAGCAUCAGAGAACCCACACAGGAGAGAAACCUUUUGAAUGCUCAGAGUGUGGAAAGAGAUUCAGUCAGAGUGGCCAUCUUCAAAACCACCAAAGAACUCACACAGGGGAGAAACCUUUUGAAUGCACAGAGUGUGGAAAGAGAUUCACUGACUGUGGCACUCUUCAAAACCAUCAGAGAACUCACACAGGGGAGAAACCUUUUGAAUGCACAGAGUGUGGAGAGAGAUUCAGUCAGAGUGGCACUCUUCAAAGGCAUCAAAGAACCCACACAGGAGAGAAACCUUUUGAAUGCUCAGAAUGUGGAGAGAGAUUCAGUCACAGUGGCAGUCUUCAAAGGCAUCAGAGAACCCACACAGGAGAGAAACCUUUUGAAUGCUCAGAGUGUCGAAAGAGAUUCAGACACAGUUGCACUCUUCAAAAGCAUCAGAGAACCCACACAGGGGAGAAACCUUUUGAAUGCACAGAGUGUGGAAAGAGAUUCAGUCACAAUUGCACUCUUCAAAAGCAUCAGAGAACUCACACAGGGGAGAAACCUUUUGAAUGCACAGAGUGUGGAGAGAGAUUCAGUCAGAGUGGCAUUCUUCAAAGGCAUCAAAGAACCCACACAGGAGAGAAACCUUUUGAAUGCACAGAGUGUGAAAAGAGAUUCAGUCGGUGUGAACAUCUUCAAGAACAUCAAAGAACUCAUACAGGGGAGAAACCUUUUAAAUGCACAGAUUGUGGAAAGAGAUUCAGUCACGGUUGCACUCUUCAAAGGCAUCAGAGAACCCACACAGGGGAGAAACCUUUUGAAUGCUCAGUAUGUGGAAAGAGAUUCAGUCAGAGUGGAAACCUUCAGCUGCAUCAGAGAACCCACACAGGGGAGAAACCUUUUGAAUGCACAGAGUGUGGAGAGAGAUUCAGUCACAGUGGCACUCUUCAAAGGCAUCAGAGAACCCACACA